AGUGUUUGAGAACUUGUUUACCAUUUGUUUCAUGCGAAGAAUAUGGUUCCGAUUUUACUAAGGAAAUGAAAUUCUUGUCGAUUAUUUUCGUAAUGUCUCCACAAACCCCUGCGAUGGUUUUCCGGCGACUUUAUUCGAUAGUUCAGAAUCAGAAGGUUGAUUCUCAUUUCAUUUUAUAAUUUUCGAAUAAAACGUUGAAAAUAAUAUGCACUGCAGCGACGAAAUCAGAAAUGAGGCAUGAGCUACCGGAGCUACGUCCGGCGUCCGGCGUCGAAUGAAAUCAGAAAUGGUCUUCGAGAUCAUUGCUUGUCUCUUUUUUUUGCAUCAUGAGUGAAAUUGAAAGAAUCGACGAAAGAUGGUAGCACGUAACUUUUUUCGUCUCCUAUCGACGAAUACGUGAAAAGAUAGGUAAUGUUAUCACAGAUGCGUUCUCAAGUCAAAACAAAAUGGCGUUUUCACCUCCAUAAUCUGUGAAUGUUUGUUGUUUAAUCUGUAUACAUUUUUUUGUUGUAUUGAGUGUGUACGUGAAAAUUCUUCUGAUUAAAUAUAAAAAAUUGAUUAAUAAUAAUGUAUAAGUGUACUGUAAAGUAUUUUAAACUGAAUUUUCUAGUUGCACUAUUGUAAUAAGUUUGCCCAAUGUUUUAUCGCUGAGCCCCAGACCUCAAAUCCGAAUAGAACAGUUUUAUCAGUUUGAGCAAAAUCGCCAAAAAUGUCUGAGGUUAUCAAAGGUGAUAGUUCAAGCUCAGAUGAAUCUCUGGAAAUGGACCGAGAUUUCACUCCUACGGCUGAUAUGCUCGUUCAUGAGUUCGACGACGAGGCUACGCUCGACGAAGAAGAAGAAAUCGAACCGCUGGAUUCGCAGUUACUAGAAUUAGCUGAUCUUCAAAGGGAAAGAGAUAUGCCUUUGGAGGAAUUACUUAAUAUGUACGGAUACAAUUUCGACGAAUGUGCUCCGGAAAUACUAAAUGUCGAAGGUGACGUUUCUCAAAGUUCAACAAAUUUAAACGAAGCAUCUGUACCUGAAGCUAAUCAUAAUUCUGAAGACGGUGACGAAGACGAACCUCCUAAAAAACGUUCAAAAAUUCGAUACCUAAGAGAUAAUCACCCUUCCGAUUCAAAUAGUGAAGAGGAUAUGGACGAAGAUGACGACUAUUUAUUCAAUAUAGAGGACGAAGAAAAGUGCGUGAGAAUAGGUGUCGAAUUUCAAGCUAUUGUACCUGAAGGCCUGUGUAAAUAUGACGAUGCUUUACCGUAUGAAAAUGAAGAUAAAUUACUAUGGGAUCCAAAAAAAUUACCAGAAGAGGAAGUUGAAAAAUACUUGAGUAAAGUUCGAGAACUUAAAUUUUUGAAUAAAAAAAACGAUUGUAAAAAGAAUGAUGCAAAAAAAUUUAGCGUUGUGAUUCGAGAAAGAAAAAGAAAUCGACCGUACGAUUCUGUCGCCGUUAAAGAUGAUGAACAGGCAUUAUACUUACUGCUGCAAUGCGGUUUCAAUGUUGAAGAAGCUUUAAGACGUCAACGUUUAAAUGUUAUUCCACAAACAAAUAUGAGUUUAUGGUCUGAAGAUGAAUGUACUCAUUUUGAAAGCGGGUUGUAUUCUUUUGGCAAAGACUUCCAUCAAAUUCAAUUACAUAAAGUUCGUACGCGAUCUGUCGAAGAAUUAGUUCAGUUUUAUUAUUAUUGGAAGAAAUCAGAAAGACACGACGUGUUCGUUAGUAAUUUCAGAAUGGAGAAAAAGAAAUACAACAUGCAUCCUGAGAUAACGGAUUUCAUGGAAAAGUGUAACGACGAACCAGAAAUUGAAGAACAACCUGAUUCCAACGGUGAAACUGUUGACGCGAAUAGUAGCUGCAACAAUGGUGAUUUUUUAUUUAAUACUGGCCCCGGUGGCAGUCGUCCUAUUAGACAUUUAAUGGACGAUGAUCUGCGAUCUGAAGAUAGCGUCACGUUACUAAGAGGUAAAAACGCGGUCACUUCUUAGAAUUCGUAGAUCGGCUACAAUCUGCGAUCAGUGUCGUAUUACCUGAAAUAUCUCUUAAUUGUUUUUCUUUUAAAAAAACCAUUUGGUGAAAUUUUGCUGAAAGCGUUAAUGAAAUGGUCGUUGAUUUUUCCAACGGAAUCAUGUGAUGUACGGCAAUUUAUCGAGUGCAUUUAAAUUAUUUUUUAAUUUUUUAAACUUUUUUUUUUCAUUUUAUAUUUUAAACUAUCAACGUAAGGUAAAUGACAAAAAUGUCGUACAGAAACCCAAUGAUCGAACCACUCAACUUUUCGUUUUUUGUUUUUAAUUCAUCGUUAUUUAAUGUUUUUAUUCACUCAUCUGGUUUAAUUGUGUGUUUUUUUCAUCGUGUGUUCUAUGAGCAAAUCUGGUUUUAAUUGUUAUGUUUAUUUUUCAUUAUUUAUUGUUUUGUUUCAUUUUAUGUCGGGUGCAGCGAGAGUAAUAAUGAUGAUUUUAGUUAUUCUAUGUACUAAAACGUACACGAUUAAUUGUGAAUUUCGAACGUAUCUUUGUUCGAAGAUGAAUAUUGUUUAAAAUUGAAACCAUGAAAUGCUCAUUUGUUCAAAUUAUCGCCAAGUUUAUUUAUGCUUAAGGUGAAUUUUAAAAUCAUGUUGUCUGUAUUCUUAAUGUGUAUUGACUUGUUGAAAUACAUUCAAUUGUCAAAAUACCAUUUUCGGAUAAGUAAAAUAAGAAUCUUGAAUUUUUCAAAAGUUGAUCUUUUAAACUUAUCGUGUUUAAAGAAUAAGUAGGUUUUCUUUCUAUCGACUAAAGUGUAGAAAAUCUUUUUGCAAAAUGGCAUAGGUACGAAAGAAAUUUGAUUUUACUAGUCUGGUGAAUUUUAAAUCGCUUGAAUUAUGUUUUAAUCAACCAUACGUUACAUUUUUCAAAAUACAGAAAUUCGAAUGUUCUCUCAAAUUGAAAAAAAAUCCUUCGCUACUGAAAAUUUUCCAGACUGCUGUGAUUUGAUUUGGUUUAUUUUGUUAAUACCUUUGAAAAAAUGUUGCAUUAUUACAAUUUGAUUGUAGAUAUUUAUUUUAAACUCAAGUACAAUUUAAUUGUUCCUUAUAACCUAGAGUAAUAUAAGACAUGUACUUUUUUAUUUACCGAUAGGGCCUGCAAGGAUUCUGUUAUUACUGCGAAUUUCAUCAACUUAUUUAUUUGUGGUCUUUACUUUCAUUUAUAAAUCAUGUCGUGUAUUAAUUGUGUCUCUAUUUUUUUUCUACUUUAAGUACAUGUGCCUUUGAUUAAGUAUUUAUACACUACAAUUUUAAUGUGUAAUUUUAGUUUUGUGAUUUAAUUUUUAAUUGUAUCGCGUAAAUGCUUCCGUUUAGCGAUCUGAUUACGAGUACGGAUAUUGAAGGCGUCUAUGUUGCGUGAGUAAUAUUGGGGGGUAUGCUGUUUGAGUGUUAUUAAAGAGUAAAAAUACCGUCCACAACUCCCGGUGAACUCUCAAGUGAUUAACGCGUUCAGAUAUCUGAAGAUUUUUAAGCUUAAUUUUAUCCUCUAACUUAUUGCGAUAUAAUUUUUAAUUUAUUUAUUGUUGUUGGUGACUGUGUCUCCUGAUUUAUGUUGAAAUUUCAUAUAACUCGUGAUUUUAUUUAUUUGUUUGUAACUUGCUGACAAUCUAGUAUAAUGUUUUUCUUUUUUUUUUACUACUGAUUCAGUCUUUAAAGAACGUAAUACAUUUUAGCUCAUUAAAUUGUCUAAAUACAGUUACCUACCUAAUCGUUUAGAAAAAGUGUAAAAUUAUUGUUCUGAUGGUAUUGACGGAAUGUGUAAAUACAGUUUUCAAAUUUUA